GCCUUGUUGAGGGACACUCUCGUUUCGGGGCAAAUUUUCCGAAUACGUAAUUUCCUUCACGGGCCACCAGCUUGCAUCGGUGGAAUCAGGGCAACCGAUUAGCCCCAUUCCACUGCAGGGACGCUCAUGCUUCUAGAAAACAUGUUGGACAUGAUCGCUGACGGCAAACAGAGACACAUGAGCUAUGCUCGAACGAGACGCUCUGUACCGUGUCUCUUACUGUGAUCCAGCGUACACAGAAGUUCGCCAGAAUCAAGCAGGUAUUUGACCCUCAACUUUUCAACAAGAGUUCUGUGUGACUCGCCUCAACGAAACUUAUGAAGGUCCCACGCUUGCUGUUUGGUCUUUCAGGAUGUAUCGUGCAAUAGUGGAAGGUAACCGCGUGUGUUACAAACGACGUGUGGAGCUGGAGCAGCGCUUACACGAGGAACGACUGAAGGCUGUUAAGCCAGUCGUACGGACCAGCCCUCCAUGUCGUACUCCCCGAACUGGCCGAAAUCUCAAAUAUGAGACUCAGAGUCAUGAGAGAUUCCAGGAGAUCGAUAGAGACAACAAGCUGCUUCUGGAUAAAUUGUGCAAGAUAAUGGUACGGUCUCCGUGCACUGCGGCGCUUUCAGAGCCCAGAGGUCCUGCCAGUCUUAACUGGAAGAAUCGAAAGGAUGAGGAAGAACGGAUUGCCUAUAACAACAAAUUUACCUACCGGAAAUUAGCCGAGGCGAAGCCGCUGUAUACUUUGGAAGACUGGCAAAGACACACCGCCUUUCACGCCCGAAGAUUUCGGAACGUCUGCGAACAUCCAGCAAUCCUCGACAUGAAAGAGAUACCGACGCAGGCGGCGCACGAGACGCCACGACAUACUUCCACCAGAGGGAGACCGACGUUGAUGUGCAAUUUCAGUGCCUACCGAAUUCCCGUAACUCCGCGGUGCCAUUGGCCAAACAAGAAUCGGCCCCUGUCGCAGCCAGCUGCUAGAGAUGAGAAGAAAACUCGUAUUACCUGCCAAUGCUUCCAAGCGAGUCGGACGUAUCUACAUUCUAAUGAUAGAGAAUACUCACGGUCACUAAAGGAAGCGGCAAAAUCCAGACGCCAACUGUCAGCCCCACCCAAACCGUCAAAUGUAAAACGAAACUGA